CUCCUCCAUCGCAAGUUCACGUUAAUGGAUAGAAAUCCAACAUCUCAUGGCUAUGCGAUGCUUGAAUACAUAAUUAUGCCUCGGUGGUUUGGGGGUCUAUAACUUGAAAAAAAAAAAAAGCAGCAAAUAGGGGUACCUGUUACCCCCCUCUCCUCCUCCUUCCAUCCAUCUCCCAAAGAACCAGCUGAUGGCCUCCUUUCUCUCUCGCAGAUUAACCCAUAAGCUCCUCCCCCGAGAUCCUAAAAACCCUAACCUCAACUCCUUUACCGCCGUUCUCCAGCCCAACUCUCAUCUCAGAACUCUCUGCAAUGGUCUCACUCCCCUCCCCUUGGAUUCUCCCAAAUCUAAUCCAAGCUUCCUCAAAUCCUACCCGAUUUCCCCCAGAAAUCUCCAAUCCCAAUCCCUUUUCCGGCAAAGCCCCACAAUCCCCAAUCUUGGGCCCUACUCCUCACUCAGUUCCAUAAACCCUCGCAUUUAUGUGCUCAAAUCCCACUCAAACCUUUUCAAAAUCGUAACUUUGGAUCCACCCGGGGGUCCCAAUCGCAAAACCCCCGCCAGGAACUUCUCCUCGAGCUCGCCGGAGAACUCCUCCGAUGCCGGAGACACUUCCCGAUCUACUGGAUUCCAGCAUCAGGAGAUCACCGGUCCCACGGUGGAGCGCGACGUCUCCGCCCUCGCCAACGAGACCCGUCAGCUGCUCGACUCCCUGAGUAAGUCCAUCUACCACCUCAGUACCACCCUCGCCGUCCUCGGCAUCGGCCACCUGGGCCUCGGGGCUUGGAUCGCCUACGCCGUGCGGCCCCCCGACGAGGUCUUGAUCCAGGGUCUCAUGGCCUUCGCCUUCCCCUUCUCGCUGGCUUUUCUCAUGCGCCGGAGCCUUAAGCCAAUCACUUUCUUCCGGAAGAUGGAGGAGCAAGGCCGGCUUCAGAUCCUCACCCUCACUCUCCAGGUAUCGAAGAGCGUGAACCUCUUGUUCUUGAGGACUCGCGUCGUCUCGGUCUGUUGCAUUCUAGGCAUUUCAGCUGGGUCUUUGGUCACUCUCUGGUUACGGUGAGAUAACUCUGUUCUGAGACUUCGUCGAGGUAUCAUGUCGUUCCUGGUGUGU